AUGGAUCUAAUUCCAUCCUCUUCACGCUUUGGCGUUCUAGCUUGGCUCUCGGAAAGAAGUGGGAAUUUUGGUGGGGAUGCCAAGUGUGCCGGCCUGUCCACCAAACGCUUCACGGACCGCCCAACCAAAUUUACUGAAUAUAUUGAUUAA